AUGUCUGCGACUUGGCUGACACUCGUGUGCGCGGCAUGGCUUUUGGGCGAAUGCCAGAGCAGUUUGCCGGAUGAAUUUGCUCCGCCGGCGACAAGUCACGAAGCCGGCAAAGUCAACAAUGUCACGCUGACUCCGCCAGGACUCGGCAUCGCCGCUCAACAGGGGAAACAGGACUUCGACCGGGACCGGGACCAGGACGUGGACCAGGACCCACUGACACCACAUGCGGCCCCAUCGUCGCAGCGGAAACUCUCGAGAGGCAAGCGCUUUGUGGCCUUUCCCCAGGGUUCAUCAGCAUCGGGCGCUGUCUGCCUGACCACCGGUGUGAUUGGCAACCCCAACCUGCUGUACCUCAGUUUGGGCAUCAAUUGGGGCGUCGCCUACGACUUGCCCAAUGUCACCUGGGUGCUGCAGAAUGCCCACGGGUGGACCACAAAGAAGUCGGCCAAGGCGCAAAUCAAGCGCAGACAUCGACGUGAGCUCUAUGGCCGCCUGGAGACAAUGAUAGACAGCCGUGAUUUAUGGUCACCGCCAACAUUGAUGACUAUGAUGGAACGUGCGGACGACUCCACCACAUCCAGGCCAGAGUCUCUGGUUACAUCCUCGCAUCUGUUGCAUCGCCGCUGGCAGCGAGUGCUCAGUCGUCCGAAGCGCUAUCUCAGCUUUCCCGAGGGCUCCUCGUUUUCCGUGGCCGUCUGCUUCACCGUGGGCAUCAUUGGUAAUCCGUACUAUGGCUACAACAGUUUCGGCCUCAAUUGGGGUGUGGCUUACGACCUGCCGAAUACCACGUGGGUGCUGCAGCAUCUGCACGGAUUUGCCACGCAUCCUGUGGCUCCAGCAGUCCUGCGUAGAAGGUCGAGGAGCGCCAUCUACCGGCAGAUCGAGUCGGUUGUGGAUAGCAUGGGCUAUAAUGGACGGGACUGCAUCCUGAGAACCCUCUGCGAAAGUCGCCAGUACUUCCAGCGCACCAAGAUGAGCAUGGUGGGCGAGAUGCUCCGCACCAUAUUCAGCUUGCCGAAGCAGAGGAUUUUCAGCCGGGAACUGCACGAGAAUGCGGACAUAGUGCACUACGAUCAGGCAUAUCGGAAUGCUCAUACCGACGACUGCACGCAGUACAACUGCCAUUUCUCGUUGCUGGAACUGGCCUUUGGGAAAUAUACCACGCCGCCGAAAAAUUAUUACGCCUAA